CUGACUGUAAAGAUGGUAGAUGAAGCUGGUGACAGGGAUGAUUCCUCAAGUGUCGCCAUCAUCAAGGAGGUGUACGAUAAUGAAAAUGCACAUGAAACAUUUGAAUAUGAAUUAGAAAGAGCAUUAGAAUCUGAAUGCAGCUUAAUUGCUAUUGAACCAUCUAAACUUGGUGAUGAAACCUCCAGAUGGAUAGCAGUAGGAAAUUGUCUUCAUAAGACUGCAGCACUGUCUGGUCUGGCUGCCAUAACCACAGGUCUGAUUUGGGGUGACCGGCCCUAUAUUUGUGGUCCACUAGGUUUCAUAUCUGUAAUAUCUUGUGGACUUUAUACUGUUUCUUGGCAAUUUGAUCCCUGUUGCCAAUAUCAAGUUGAGACAGACACAAGUAAACUACCGCAUCUAGAAUACUUAGCUGCAUUAGGAACAUCAUCUCCAACAUUUCUUGUGAGAAAAGAUGAUACGAGGAGAAGAAUUCUUCAUACAACUAUUACAUUGGUAGCAUUCAGCAUCAGUGCCUGGAGAGUUUAUCAGGCAUUUAAGUGAAAUGUUUACUCUCCAGAAAGAAAGAAUCUAAGUUGUAAAAAGCAGUAAGGUGGAUGCUGAUUUUACAAUAAAAGAGGAUAUACAUAACAAAACAAACUAAGAACAGCCUUUUCUAAGAACAUUUUUACUGUAACGCACGAUGUUUCUUAAGGCUCCACAUUGUUACUCUAUGAUCUCCAUCUUGUUGAUUAUAUCACAGUUAAUAUUAACGCAAAAAAGACACGGUCAUAUUCACACAACCACUUAAGUGAAACAACUACCAAUAUAAGUGUUCUUAGAGUUAUGCAAAAUUACAACCUUACA